AAUGACGCUCUGAGAGGACGCUUCGCCAUUUUGUUUCACUCUUUGUAAUUUGUUCGGUGGUGUUGUCUUGAUAUAUUAUUGAAUAAUGGGUGACGACAAAGAUCGUUCAAGGGAACGUUCGAGGAGAGACAGGCCAACUCGGUUCUCGGAGGCAAGCCGGGACCGCAGCCUUGAUCGGGGCAGGGACAGGGGUAGCAUGAAAUCAUCGAAUAACCGAGUGUAUGUAUCAAAUAUCCCUUAUGAAUAUCGUUGGCAGGAUAUGAAAGAUUUGUUUCGAAGUGAAGUUGGGGACGUACAGUUUGUCGAAUUGUUCGUCGACGAUAACGACAAGCCGAAAGGUUGCGGAAUCGUUGAGUUUAGCGAGUCUUCUUCUGUUAAAAAAUGCAUGGAGGUUAUGCAGCGUUUUGAGGUGAAAGGCCGUAAGUUGGUCAUAAGGGAAGACAGCGGUAAUAAGAGAGAUAAACAUGGCAACAUUAUGGGGCCGCGUGGCGGCGGAGGCGGCGGUGGUCGAGAUGAAGGUCGUUAUCGUGAUGAUCGAGAUCGUUUUGAUAAUCAUGGGGGCUCUAUGAGGCAAGACGAUGGCAAAUGGGGCAAUACUUUUGGUCUGAGUAUACAGUUUCUCGAGUCCUUGAAUAUUGAUCCUCCUCUUUCCAACAGGGUCUUUGUUGCCAAUUUGGAAUAUAACAUUGACAAGAAAAAGUUGAAGGAUGUAUUUAGGUUGGCUGGUAAGGUUCAAAGAGUCGAAAUUCCCAUCGAUAAGGACGGUCGCAGUCGCGGUUUUGCCGUGAUCGAGUACGAUCACCCGGUCGAGGCGGUGCAAGCCAUCUCGAUGCUGCAUAACCAAGUUUUGUACGACCGUCACAUGACGGUGCGCAUGGACAGGGCCAACGAGAACGUCAAGUUGCCCGAGGGUCUCAAGUCCAUCGGUAUGGGGUUGGGCACGAACGGCGAGCCGCUGAAAAAUGUGUCGCUGAAUUUGCCGUCGCUCUCGGCGCAGAACCAGGUGGCGCAGGUGGGUGCCGGAAUCCUGGGCGCCGUGCCCAACUCGGCUCUUCAAGUGGCCAACGCCCUUUCGAAUCUUAACAACCCGCUCAGCCAAUUCAGCAAUCAGGCGUCCGUUCUUCAAGCGGCCAACUUAAGUUCAUUGUUAGGUAACGGUCUGUCAAAUACAGAUUUGUCUUUGGCCAGCAGCCUUGUGUCAAAUCCUCUCGUAAAUGUAAACAAUCAGUCGCAGAUGCCGGGCGGCGGCAAUGGCGGUAGUAAUAUGUCCUCGAACAACAUUCAACCAUUCAGUCGGAACGAUAAUAAUUAUCAAAGUAACCAGAAUUCAGGUUACGGUCAGAAUCCGAAUCAGAAUUUCCAAAACAGGGGCACUUUUCAAUCUAGUUUCGAAUCUCAAAAACCAAAUCAAUUCGGUAAUUUUGGUGGUGGUGGCUCAAAUGAUCGAAACAGUAACUUUACCAAUAGUAGUAGUAUGAUGAGGUCAUCGCCGCAAAGCGAUUCGAAAGGGGUGGGCAGUGUCUUCAACCGAAAAGUUUUAGUCAGCAACUUGCCACCGCAUUUGAGUUAUAACAUAUUACAUGAGAAGUUUAGCGAAUUUGGGGACAUUCACUUAUUUGAAGAGAAAGGUGUUGGCAACAUUAUUAUUGAGUUUGCUUCGCAAUGGCAGGCAGAGUCUGCUAUCAGUAUCCUUUCAUUUAAAUGUACAUUUUUGAUUAAUUUCUCUUUUUAUUAUUUCUGUUGAUUAAUAUUUUCUGUCAAACCUGAAUUCUGUUUUUUCGUAUCUUCCUUAACUAAUCUUUUUAGAAAAUCUGCACCGAGCGCGCAUUGACGGAAGGACGAUUGAAGCAAGGCUAUGUUGAGUUGAGUUCAAAUCUUAAAAGUAUUGAUUAGUAUAUGUUUUUAAUUCAAAAUUUUGGACUUGGUUUAAGAACCGUGACUAAUUUUAGACUCAAUGUAAUUUUUUGUGACUAAAUGUUUAUUCCCAAUAAAAUUUAAUUAAGUA